AAAUCUAUUACAUUUAUUGAGCUCACGUAGACUGACCAGAGUCCGGAGUUCUCCCAAAAUGCCAACUUCACAUCAACUGUUUUACGAACCGAUAAGUGGACAUGCUUUCAAUGGAGAUCUGAGUCAGAUAGUUGUCAGUAACUCGUCACCUCUUACUCAUGUUAUGAAGAAAGGUGCUGAUGGAAAGUACGCUGAAGGCCACGUACUUGACCAGCAUCUAGAGCGAGUAACUAGUGUUGACUGGGCCCCCAAAAGUAACCGAAUUGUAACUUGUGCUGGAGAUCGGAACGCUUAUGUCUGGAAUUUUCAGGAGGAAACAGGUACCUGGAUACCCUGCCUGGUGCUGUUGCGUAUAAACAGAGCAGCUACCACAGUACGCUGGUCCCCCGCUGAGGACAGAUUCGCUGUGGGGAGCGGUGCACGUCUUCUCUCUGUCUGCUACUUCGACCCUGAGAACAACUGGUGGGUUAGCAAGCACAUCAAGAAGCCAAUACGAUCUACAAUCCUCUCGGUGGACUGGCAUCCCAGUAACCACCUCAUAGCUGUGGGAUCAUGUGAUUUCAAGUGCCGAGUCUUCUCAGCUGCUCUUAAAGAAAUGACAGAUAAACCUCAAACAUCUCUGUGGAUGCCCAAGCUAAGCAAGUUCGGAACGCUCCUAGCUGAGUUCGACUCUAACAAUGGCUGGGUUCACGGUGUCAAGUUCUCCCCGUCCGGUAACCUGCUAGCUUGGGUCGCUCACGACUCCAGUGUUAACCUCGUUAACUCUGCUAAUCUGGAAAAGGUCCACACAGUGCUGACCUCCAACCUGCCCUACAUGUGUCUGCUGUGGCUGAGUGAGGCUUGCUUUGUGGCGGCUGGACACAACAUGGCUCCUGACCUUUACUACGGGUCUGAUGACGGCAUUGUAUUUGGCUCUAAGUUGGAUGUGAAGAAAGAGAAAGCUUCCACCGGCAAUAUGAGUGCUAUGGCUAGGUUCCAAAAACUUGACGUUCAGGGAUCAACUGAAACUGAAGGCACAACCCUUACCACCACCCACGCCAACUGCAUCACAGAGAUACGGUCCAUCGGUACUGCCAACAACAAGGUCACCAAGUUCUCAACAUCUGGUAAAGACGGACAAGUUGUUGUCUGGGAGGUGGAUUCCAUCUGUUCGGCUAUCGCCGGUCUCAAGAUCUGAGGAGUUCGUGAAAUGGUUUUUGUGUUUUUGGCUCUAACUUAGGAUAGGAUAUGUUUAUUGAAAAUUUAUGAAUAUCUUUCUUUGUAUUUCGUUUAAUUGUAGAGAAGUAAAAAAACUAGAGUUUAUCUUAGACGAUUGAUUUAUAAUUUAUAUUUAUUUCAGAGAUUAUAUCUUUGAAGUUUUCUUAAUAUGUAAUUGAGCCAUUAUAUUUCACUGUUUUAUCUGACAAUGAUUGUUAUAUUUAGACUCAUUAAGAUUCUUUGUUUAAUGACGGUAACAGCUGGUUACAUAAUGUUUAUAUUUCAAAACUGUAUGGAGACGCCAAAACGGGACAUUUUUGUCACAUCACCAAUGCGACUAGCAGUAUUUUGUGUUUCGACAUUCCCAGAUAGGCACUUUGUUGGUCAAAAACGCGCGCAAUACUGGCGCGGUUUUGUUCAGAAACCACGUGCGUUUCAGAAAUGUCCCGUUUGCCCACCUUUUUAUUUGACUUCUUCUAACAAUUAUGUAAUCUCUAGGUAUGAUGAAUGAUAUGGUUACGAGAUAAUUGGCGGCAAAAGCAUGCCCAGCAAGAAAAAGUACAAUGCGCGCUUUGCUCCCGCCAGGAUUAAGAAGAUAAUGCAGUCUGACGAAGAAGUUGGGAAAGUUUCAGCAGCCGUGCCAGUUAUCAUUUCGAAAGCGCUAGAGAUGUUUCUAGAAUCAUUCCUCGAAAACGCCGACAAGCUCACGAAAGAGCGUUGCGCCAAAACUUUAACCCCUCAGCAUCUUAAACAAAUCAUUCAGACAGACAAUAAAUACGAUUUCCUGAAGGAUCUUGUAUCAGCCAUACCCGAUCUGGGUCCAGAGGAGGACGAGGAUGAAGUUAAAGAACCCGCCGUCAGAAAAAGGCGUAAACCAUCAACAGUCCCGGAAAGUAACGGCCAAGCCGCCCAACCCGAAUUACCAUCUUCACAUAGAGGCAGUGCAUUUUCUCAAGUCGUAAGGUCUGUAUCAGUGUCACAGGACGCACCUAGCUCAUCUCAAACUGUAUCAGGGCCUCAAAUAGUGCCUCCCCAGGGUCCUAACGUGCCCGACUUGUUUCCAAACAUGCCCAGUUAACGUACGCUUGUUCUGCUCUUUGUGUCUGAUUCCUAAGUGCCGACUCAUCCAACUAAAUGUGUUAAGAAAUCGUUGACUGUUAGUUCUAUUAUUAUGUGAGGGUAUAAUGGGUCAAUAUAUUCGACUAUAACCUUCAAAAUUUCUUGCUGGAAGUUUGUUUUGUUCAAAUUUUAUUUCUUUUUUUUUCGUUUUCAGUAUUUAUAUAUUGUCGAUAGAUAAUGAAUGUUUUUAUUAGAACCCCUUGCAAAA